AUGACGGAGGAAAUAACCGGCGAUUGGAGCUACUACGUGUAUAUCUCGCUGACGUUGGUUCCAGUCUAUUUGGCAUUUCGGCUCAUUAAGUCACUCGGCUGGCAGCUCUUCGUCAACAACUGA